CAGUUGUUUAGCCUUAUCUCUGAGCUCACAGCUGUGUGUCAAAAGCUUUGUGACUUUUACCUACGUCUGCUUGGAGGGGGUGUGUACUUAAGACAGUGUUUUCUCACCUGACAGAAGCUGCAAAUGAGUUUUGUCAUAUGCUGUAUUGUUCUGAAGCUGGUAUAUAUGGAUAAGUAAGCUCUGCUGCAAUGGUAAGGUUCUUUGGUGAGACAUUGUUCAGUGAAACUGGACAGCCAGAUGGAGCAGAAUCAUGUGCAUAUUAUAACAAAACUACUAAAAGAAUUAUUACUUCAGUAUAUGAGGGAAUCCCAGAGAACUUUCUUUUGAACUUCUUGGGCUGGGCGCUCUUGUUGCUACUCUUUGCCAUUUUGAGGAAAAGAGCUUGGAAUUAUGGCAGGCUUGCCUUGGUCCAGAAGACAGAGGAACGAUGGACUCAGCUCUUCUAUGCAAGGACGGAUGAGAUGAACACAUCCACUGAAGCUGAUUCUCUUGCAUCAUUAGAUUCGAGUGUUUUAAUAGACAAAGGAUUUUGUUCAUGGUUCACUGCUUUAUUUAGAUUGAAGGACGAAAACAUCUUGCAAAAAUGUGGGCCAGAUGCAGUGCAAUAUUUGUCAUUUCAGCGCCACAUAAUAUUCUAUUUGUCAGUGGUUAUGGUCAUAUCCUUAGCUGUCGUGCUUCCAGUAAAUUUCCAAGGAAAUUUGGGAGGAGAUGAAGAAACAUUUGGCCAUACAACUCUCUCAAACCUUGAUCCAAGCUCUCCAUAUUUGUGGAUUCAUGUAACAUUGGCAAUAUUAUACUUACCACUUGGCAUCAUAGUAAUGAGGAGGUUUUCUGUGACCAUGAGAUUUGAAGAAAGUGACACUGCUGUUUCCCGAACAUUGAUGAUAACAAAUAUCCCAAGAAAAUUUUGUGAUUCUGCUGAUAUCCGGAGACAUUUUCAAGAAGCACACCCAGAUGUAGAAGUUGAUGAAGUACAGUUAGCAUAUGACAUAACAAGAGUGAGUGCACUUGAGAAGCAGAGAGAGAAAGCUUAUCAGGCAAAGCUGUAUUGUGAGAAUUACUUAAAAACAAAGAAUGAAAGGUUACUAAUGAGACCAUAUGCAUGUGGAAGCAUCUGCUGUUGUGACUCCUGCUGCCCACCUGUUGACGCACUGGAGUACUACACUGAAGAAGAGGCGAAUUUAAGGGAAAAAGUAGAUACAGAACGCAAUGCAGCACUGAGAAGACCUGUCGGUGUAGCAUUUGUCACACUGGCAUCCACAGAUGCUGCUCAGAAGGUCUUUGAAGAACACAAAGCUACAUUACAGUGUGCUAGUAAUCCUCCUCAUUCAACUCUAAGCAAGCAACUGAGAAUCAGCGAGUGGAGAGUUCAGUUCACGCCAUCACCAAAAGAUAUUUUCUGGGAAAAUUUGUCAGUGCAAUCAAACUAUUGGUACAUCAAGGCCACACUAGUAAAUUUCUUCCUUUUCUUUGCACUGUUUUUCUUGACAACACCGGCGAUUAUGGUUAAAAUGAUGGAGACCUUCCACGUUUCAGAUGAAAUUGGCAAAAUGAGCCCGGUUCUAUCGGAGUUUCUACCUACGCUUUUACUGUGGACAGCAUCUGCUCUGUUACCGGUUAUUGUUGCAUAUUCUGAUCAAUGGCUCUCUCACUGGACAAGAUCUGAGCAGAACCACUCAAUUAUGCGCAAAACCUUUAUCUUCUUGCUGUUCAUGGUCCUCAUUCUGCCUUCUCUGGGACUCACUAGUGCGCAGGCAUUUGUUGAAUGGACACUAUCAAGAAAUGAAACUUAUCGAUGGAAGUGUGUGUUCCUGCCAGAUAAGGGUGCAUUCUUUGUGAACUAUGUAAUAACAUCAGCAUUUAUUGGAACUGCUCUGGAACUGAUUAGAUUUCCUGAACUGAUCAUGUAUGCAGUAAGACUGUGUUGGUCAAGGUCGAAAGCAGAAAGUGCAAGUGUUCGGAAAGCUAUCUUCUAUGAAUUUCCUUUUGGGGUUCAGUAUGCUUGGACACUACUGAUCUUUGCCACAACAGUUAUAUACAGUUUACCCUGUCCACUAAUCACACCAUGUGGUCUUUUAUACAUGGUGCUAAAGCAUUUUGUUGAUCGUUACAACAUAUACUGGGCAUAUGGGCCAUCAAAAAUCAGUUCACGCAUACAUGCAUCAGCCAUAAAUAUUGUAAUAUUUUCAAUUUCAUUGCUGCAGCUGAGUUUUGUUAUGCUGUCAUACAUAAGGAAUGGCUUCAGGGACAUCACCAUUUAUUCUGCAGUUGGGUUUUUCAUUACAAUGGUGUUUUUGUGGACACAGGUAGUGUUCCACUGCUGCAAGGGUUUCAGUCCUAUAUCUUAUCAGAAUGGCACGCACAACAAUUGGCAGUCUCCCAGUUCUUCAACACACACAAGCCCUGAGCACAGCAGUGGAAACGGGACAGUUUACACAUCCCAGCACCGCUUUGUUCCAGCUGUUCUUCGGCCCUCUGUUUUAAGGCAACCAGAUGUUGUGAGUGUGCAGACACCUGCUGAGGGAAUAUCAGUUUUGAGGAGGACGUAUGGCACUGGUUCACCAGAUGGGCCAGCAGCUCUAACGUCGCCUGACCACAUACUACUUUAUCAGGAUUAUGAGGGCGGGCAUGGUGCUGAAGUGUAGCCUAUGGGUUCCGGACCCUACUAGUUAAUAUUGUUACUAGUCUAGAUACAAGUUUUAAUAUGUCACAGAAGAAUAAAUAGUUCCAUAUACUUCAGAGAUUGCUGAAGAAUUAGUACACUGGCAAGCAGUGGUUUUUUGAUGUCUUAUGAUCUCUGUUUCCUAUAUCUAUCUUAUAAAUUUUUUAUGAAGAUUGUGAAUGCUAAUUUUGGACGAAGAUAUUGAUGAAAGCAUAUUUGGGGGGGGGGGGGGGGGUGUAUUAUGUACCUGCACUGUCCAUUUAUUCAUGGUGCUAUCUGAACUUUUAAUUGCAUUACACUAUCUGGAUUUUGGCAUCAGCUUAAUUAUCUGCAUGGUUUUUAAUGUUUUUAGUAUGGACAGUGGAACUGAAGCAGUGAAGUUAUAGUUACCUAUCUUAAAGUAACGCUCUCAUUCUGCAGUGUUAGGUUUUGGAUAAUUUUUAAUUAAUUCAAUGACUGAUAACAAAUAUUUUGACAUAUUUUAAAACAUAUGCUUUGUGAGUGAAAGCUCAGUGUGUUUAUUUUGGACUUUAAAAUGUUAAAACACUAAUUUAAAAGUUGGGUUCAACAACUCAGUUUUGUAGGUUAGUGCCUUCACUACACAUCAGUUUGAUCAGUGUAGUUUCAGUGGCUCUUAAUUUAUGUGCCAGUAUUGUUUAUAGUGGCAGCUAAUGCUUACCAGACAUUUAAACAGUAAAACUGACAUUCAGUAUUUACCGAAGUGGUACUGAAACUAACUUUUUCAAGCCAUAAGUAUCACACAAUGAACAGUAAGGUGAUCUCUGAUUACCUGUAAAAUUAUUGUGGGGUGUCUGACACAAAAAUAUAUUGCCAUUAAAUGUAGUUUGUGUGCAUAAAAUGUAUUGUGGGAUAUCAUUAUUGUCUCUCUUGUGAUACAGACUGACUGAAAAGUAAUGUGCUGUGGUUUUAUUACAUUAUUAUAUUGUAUAUUUAUUAAUAAAUUUAAGAAUUAUAUUUAUGAUAAUAAUUCCUUGCAUUGUAACAGAUU